AUGAGAAACCUGGUUCCCCUGCUCCGACUCUGCAGUGUUCUUUGUUGCAUUGUCUCGGGAAGCCCCUCAGAGUUUGGUCCAGAGGGACGGCUGCAAGAUGAGCUCCACAAUUCCAGGGAUAUACAGGCUGCUGCCAACCCCUCUGUGAAGUUUAACCUCCGAACCUCGAAGGACCCAGAGCAUGAAGGAUGCUACCUCUCCCUUGACCAUGACCAGCCCUUAGAAGACUGUGGUUUCAAUGUGACAGGCAAAACCUUUUUCAUCAUUCAUGGAUGGACGAUGAGUGGCAUGUUAGAAAAUUGGCUGCACAAACUAGUAUUAGCCCUUCAGACAAGAGAGAAAGACGCCAAUGUGGUGGUGGUUGACUGGCUUCCCCUGGCUCACCAACUUUACACAGAUGCAGUCAAUAGCACCCAAGUGGUGGGCCGCCAAGUAGCCAUGAUGCUCAACUGGUUGCAGGGGUACGAUGACUUUUCUCUCGGGAAUGUUCACUUGAUUGGCUACAGCCUCGGAGCCCAUGUUGCCGGAUAUGCUGGCAACUUCGUGAAAGGAACAGUGGGCAGAAUCACGGGUUUGGAUCCUGCUGGGCCCAUGUUUGAAGGGGUGGACAUCCACAAGAGGCUCUCCCCUGAUGAUGCAGACUUUGUGGAUGUCCUGCAUACCUACACACGAUCCUUUGGCUUGAGCAUCGGGAUUCAGAUGCCCAUAGGCCAUAUUGAUAUCUACCCCAACGGGGGUGACUUCCAGCCAGGCUGUGGACUCAACGACGUCUUGGGGUCAAUUGCAUAUGGAACCAUCACGGAAGUGGUGAAAUGUGAACACGAGCGUGCUGUGCACCUGUUUGUUGACUCCUUGGUGAAUCAGGACAAGCCAAGCUUCGCCUUCCAGUGCACCGACUCCAACCGGUUCAAAAAGGGCAUCUGUCUCAGCUGCCGGAAGAACCGCUGUAACAGCAUCGGCUACAAUGCCAAGAAAAUGAGGAACAAGAGGAACAGUAAAAUGUACCUGAAAACCAGGGCGGGCAUGCCAUUCAGAGUCUACCAUUAUCAGAUGAAAGUCCACAUCUUCAGUUACAAGAACGCGGGAGAAAUCGAACCCACCUUUUACAUCACCCUGUAUGGCACCAAUGCGGAUUCCCAGACUCUGCCUUUGGAAAUAGUGGAGAAGAUUGGCCUAAAUGCCACCAACACAUUCCUGGUAUACACUGAGGAGGACUUGGGUGACCUCUUGAAGAUCAAACUCACCUGGGAGGGGACAUCUCAGUCCUGGUACAACCUGUGGAAGGAGCUUCGAAGCUACCUGUCUCAACCUGGAAACCCUUCUCGGGAGCUGAAUAUCAGACGCAUCCGGGUCAAGUCUGGGGAAACCCAGCGGAAAUUGACUUUUUGUGCAGAAGAUUCUGAGAACACCAGCAUAUCUCCUGGCCAGGAGUUAUGGUUUCACAAGUGUCGUGAUGGCUGGAGGAUGAAGAACGAAACCAGUCCAACUGUGGAACAUCUCUGA